CAGACUUUGAAGAGAACAGUGUGUUCAUGAGAGGCUCACUAAACCGCACCGUAUGCAGUCCGACGACUCACGCACUUCUUGGAGUAUGGUGUACUGCGGGCGCUUCAUGGCCAACUACCCUCAGCGAAAUGCAUUUGCGUAUGGGGUAGACGUGAACGCCUGCGGGGCUAGUAUAAAAGUCAGGCAAGCGAAACGGGGUCCCCAAGCAAAACUCUCCAGCUAUGUUUCUCUCCCUUACAUUCUCUGUUAUUUCUCUCGCGCUCGGUAUCGCUGGGCACAUUGAGCCAAAGUCUCCCGCUGCGGUCGAGCGCUUGAGGGCUCUGCAGGCGGCGGCGUAUCAUUGUGCUUCUGAAGUCGCCCAAUUUACCUCCGAACGGCAGCGGGGAUGGGGACAGCAGCUCCUCUAUGGCGCCGGCACGCAGCUGCCUGAGUACUCCGACCUGUUCGCGGCGUCCAUCGACGGAAAAAAUGAUGAGGGCACCGAUACUGAGGUGGAGACCAUGAUGGCCUGCUUGCCCGUCCCCCCUCGCACGAAGAUUCAGAACAACACGUGCGUGCUAGCCCCCGAGGUUACCGAGGGCCCAUACUACCACCACGCGGGUCAUCCUCUGCGCCAGAAUAUUGCCGAGAUGCAGAAUGGGUUGCUCACCUUCUUUGACAUCGGCGUCAUAGAUGUCGAAACCUGCCGCCCGCUUCCGAACGUCCUCGUCGACAUCUGGCACGCGAACGCUACCGGGCACUACGCUGGGCACCCUACGCCGUAUCCUGGUCUGGAGAACGAAAAACCGCAGGUUGGGGGCAAGUUUGGCGGACUGCUGACGACGUACCCGCGCUCGAAUUACGAGGAGACGUAUUUGCGCGGCGCGUGGGUGACGGAUGCGAAUGGGGUGGCGAAGUUCACGACGGUGUUCCCGGGGUACUAUACGGGGCGGGCGGUGCAUGUGCAUUCGCGCGUCUUCACCGACUGGACCGUCCUCCCCAAUAACACCUUCCUCGGCGGCAGGCUCGCGCAUACCGGCCAGUUCUUCUUUGAGGACGAUAUUACGGGCGAGGUGGUCGACAAGAUGCACCCGUACACGCAGAACCCUAUUGCGCAAACCUGGGGCAGGACGAGGAACUGGAGGGAUGCGCUGAAUAUUUUCGAGGACGCGCACGGUCCCGAAGGGCAAUACAAGCCCGUCUUCGACAUGCAUCUGCUUGGUGGUGUCAUCAACCAGGGGUUGGUGGGGUUUAUAACGAUGGGAAUCAAUGUCAGCGCGUUGUACGAAGACCAGUGGCAGGACUGAUCACCAUGGGCUGUACAUGCGUAUGUCGCUACCUUCGCCCCUGUGUCAGCCAAGCAUGAAUAGAGCAUGGGCCAUCGUCAAUGCCCC